GGCGCGUGCGCGUGCGCGGCGGGGGCGGGCCGGCGCUCUAGGCGGCCCCCUCGGUGAUCCGGGAUGUCGGGCUGGCUCCUGGUGACGUAGCGCGGAGCUCGCGCCGCGGGAAGUGCUGCGCGAGACCCCGGCGCCGCCGCCGCCCCCGCGCCCCCGCCCCGGCCCCGCGCCGGCCCGGCCCGGCCCGGCCCGGCCCCCGCCAUGGGCAGCGACGCGGCGGCGGGAGCGGGCAGGGCGCCGCGCCGAGCCGGGGCCGCCGCUGGGCAUGUGCCAGGCUCGGCCGCCGCGUGAGCGCCGCGCCGCCGGCACCGGCAGCUUUGUCUGCGUGCUCCGUUCGCCCCGCCGCCACCGCCGGGACCGCCUCCCGCCUCGCCGCCGCCCCGGGCAAGCCCAGGGCAGCGGAUGCCAUGAAUAGCAGCUGCGCGUCCCCCUCCGCGGCCCGAAGCGGUGUGCAGCGAGGAGAUCAAUAAAGGAGGGGGCUGCAGACGCACUAUGGCUGGGAGUGGCUACACAGACCUGCGAGAGAAGCUGAAGUCCAUGAUGCCUUAUCGGGACAACUACAAAGGCAGCAGCCUGCGGGAGCCCAUGGAGUCCUCCUACGAGCGCAAGCGCAGGUACCACGAGGACUCCGACUCCGAGCCCAGUGACUAUGAGGAGCAGAAGGAGGAGGAAGAGGCCCGGAAAGUCAAAAGCGGCAUCCGUCAGCUUCGUCUCUUCAGCAUGGAGGAGUGUGCCAAGAUCGAAGCCCGCAUCGAGGACGUGGUGUCCAGGGCUGAAAAAGGGCUCUACAAAGAGCACACCGUGGAUAGAGCACCUCUUCGGAACAAGUAUUUCUUUGGGGAGGGCUACACGUACGGGUCUCAGCUGCAGCGGCGAGGCCCCGGCCAGGAGCGGCUGUACCCUCGGGGGGAGGUUGAUGCCAUCCCGGAGUGGGUGCACGACCUGGUGAUCAGAAAGCUUGUGGAGCACAGGGUGAUCCCCGAGGGCUUUGUGAACAGUGCUGUGAUCAACGACUAUCAGCCCGGGGGCUGUAUUGUCUCCCACGUGGACCCCAUCCAUAUCUUUGAGAGGCCCAUCGUCUCCGUGUCGUUCUUCAGCGACUCCGCGCUCUGCUUCGGGUGUAAGUUCCAGUUCAAGCCCAUCAGGGUCUCGGAGCCGGUUCUGUUCCUGCCGGUGAAGAGAGGAAGCGUCACAGUACUCAGUGGAUAUGCAGCUGAUGAAAUUACACACUGUAUUCGACCACAGGACAUCAAGGAGAGAAGAGCUGUCAUCAUCCUUCGAAAAACAAGACUAGAUGCACCUCGAUUGGAAACAAAAUCGCUGAGUAGCUCUGUGUUGCCACCAGGUUACACCUCUGACCGCCUGUCAGGAAGCAACAGGGACCAGAUCCUGAAACCAAAGCGGUCCCAUCGCAAAGCAGAUCCUGAUGCUGCUCACAGGCCGCGGAUUCUAGAAAUGGAUAAAGAAGAGAACAGGCGCUCAGUCCUCUUACCAAAACAUAGGAGACGGAGCAACUUCAGCUCCGAGAACUAUUGGCGAAGGUCUUACGAGUACACGGAGGACUGUGACGAAGAGGAGGAGGACGGCAGUCCAGCCAGGAAAGUUAAAAUGAGGCGACACUGAGGAAUGCACUUUCCAGGCUCAUGGAGCUGAUGAGAUUGGCCUCCAGUCUGUGAAAAAUUUCUCCUCCCUCUGGCUAUCUUCCAUCUAGCUUCAGUUUUGGUUUUUUCUUUCAGGCUGAAGAAUAAACAGGAAGGAUCUAGCGAUUUGUUUUUAUGAAUGGAGGAAUGCUGAGACAUACGUAAGGAUGGAACAUGUCCAGUGCACAUGGUGUCCUGAGUCAUGGGUCAAAUGGGCAUCUCUCCCUUAGGAAGCAGAUAAAGUUGUGCCAGGCUGUCUGUUGGGAUUCUUUUUUUUGAAAACACCAAAAAGUUUAAGUGUUUCAUUGCGCAAGAUUCAAGAAUUGUAUUUUUGUUUUCUGCUUUAACUUUCUUCCUUUUCAAAUGUUCUAAAUAUGAUGUUUGACCCCAGGAGGUGAAGUUCUCUGUGGUGGCCUCGUAUUCCUUGCUUCACCAAAGGGCUCCUUGGUCUGCUAUUACCUAGUUGUUGUUGGGUUGUUUUUUUUAAGGGUGCCCUACAGUAACUGGAAGUUUGAAGCUUUGCAGACCCUUCUUACUGCAAUUGAUUACAAAAGGUUUAGGAUGUUUUUGUUGCACUUUAGUACCAGUUUUAAAUGCCGUAGAUUUCCUUUCCAGUCCCUGUUCCCAAGCCAGGUUGGGCUCACAGCCUUGUGUCCUGUAGUGCCCUCUCCAUGAAGAAUGUACCUAAACUCUGGUUUCUCAGUGCUGGUCUGACCCGUGAUGUAUUUUGGUUGGGGAGAGAGGAAGCAUGGCUGGUGUCUUGGCUGGCUUCCUGGAGGCCGGUCUAGCAUUGACCUGAGGUCCAUAUUGGAGUCCAGGGAAUGCCAAGUGAGUGACUGCAUUGAAUACACGCUGCUUUCUGGAGCUGGAGAUAGCAAAGAGGUGCAGGAGAGAUGCUGUGCUAGUGAGGGUGCUUGCCUUGGGACCCCUUAAGAGCUGCCUUCUAUUGCCUGGCAGCAUGGUGGACUGGCUCUCGAUCCCCUUUUAGGUGGAGCGAGUUGAGAUGGCAGAGUAUCCAGUCGCUUGGGACCUGCUGUGCUUUUCCACAUCCUGGGGCGGAGCAGGAACAGGCAUUGCUGUGGCCUCAGGGCUACUGGGCAGCUUGGCCAUGGCCCUUCCCCUCUGGGCCGGCAUUGGGAGUGGGGACACUGAGGGGACACAAGGCUCUGGUUUGGCCCAGGAGACACCAUCAGUUCAGGUGUAUCCAGCAGCUAGCGCGGCAGUGGUUGUGUGCCUCCUCCUUGCUUAACAUUGUAUUCCCGUGGCAGGGAGUCAGCUGGUUGCUACAGGAAAUGCCGAGAAGAAUCAGGCUUUUGGCCCCAUGGAGUUAAUGUCAGAAAGUCUCCAUUCUUCCUUUUCUUCUCCCAGCCGGUUUGCAUUACCCUGGCCUGAAGUCUCAGCGUUUUCAAAGUUGGGGGCCCAACACCAUAUUUAGAACCCUACUUUUAAGAAACUUCCUCAAGUUGAUUCUUUGAACCCAAGUGUUGGCAGUCAUAAGGGGUAGUCUUAUUUUUAAGUAAUUUUUACUGCUUUGCCUUCCCUCAAAUUGUAGUUUUCCGUAGUGUUGUGUUCCCCACACUUCAUGGUCUGCACGCUUGGCAAUAAAAAGAUGUAAUAUAUUUUGAAACCCGUUUGCUGCUGUCCUGAGGAGCUCUCAGUCACAAAACCAAGGCAUUGUUCCCCGGAGCACUGUUCCAUAGCAGUCGAGCCUGUUUGCUAACAACGGGGUUUUGGUGUGUUCUUCCCCCCUGCAAUUUCUGCAGCUCCUGCCACUUGACUGCUGGGGUUACUGCUAAGGCUGGAUCCAGCAGGGGUACUGCUGCAAAUGAAAUUACUGUCACCCUCAGUGCAGCACCAGUCUGGGGGGGGUUUCAUAGGGGAGGUGCUUGGUGCCUACCUCUGGUUCUCUUUAUUAGAUUGCCUUCCUGGCUGAGAGCUGCCAGCUUGGUGCGAAGGAACGAGAACAGCCCCUUGGCCAGGCCUCGAAGGAACUCUGCCUUUUCUGCCCAGAGAUCUGAAAGUUCAUGCUUUUGCUGCUUCUGAAACUUUUUUUUUCAAAUCAGCUAUUUUCAGACCACACUUAGCAUUUGAAGCGGGUGUUCCUUGCCCUCCCAGCUUGCUGCAGAGAAUUCGGGCCAGCUCUUGGCUACAGAACCCCUGUUUCGGGAAGCUGGGCAUUCCCCUGCUAGCAAAGCAGCAUGCAGGGAGCAUCGAUCCCUCUGCCUCUUUACAGCUGGCAUCUGAAAACAUCUUUGGCAAGCUAGAGACCUGCUAGCAGGAUGCCUGGGAAUGGCUGUUUCUAAUUGUCUUUCUGGAUUUGUCCCGAGAAUGCCCUGCGCCCUCCCGGGGCGUCGGACUGCGCUGCUCGCUCUGCUGCUGGUGGCAGUUUGCUGCAGCUGCUGGGCCGCAGGAGGCAGAGCUGCCUGCGCUUCCUCGCCGGAGGUCUCCACUCUGCGCAGCCUGCUCUUCCCCUCUCCCCCCACUCCUGAUUUUAAGCCUACCUCUGCAAUACAGAUACUGUAUGCUGGUGUCUCGACUCAAAAUGAAACUGGAGGCAGCCUGCCUUUUGGGGGCUGUUUCACAGCUCCCAGAGCAGUGGGAUCGCUGUGACCCCUAUGCGACAAGUAUUGGCCCCAUCUCCACUAAAGGCCUAAGGCAUCCUGAGGUCUCUCCUCCAGCCUGGUACAAACCGUCACCUCAUCCCAGUCCUCGUGCAGGCUGUGCGCGCAUGGGUACCCGUUUUAGUUGUGUAUUGCUGCAUGCCACGUUCGGGAGCUCUGCCCUGCCUUCCCCCACCCCAAAGCUGUGCUGUGGGUCUGAGUUGGCAGCCGUUUCUGAGGGACGGGCGAAGCUCCUUCCUGGAGUCGCUCUUGAGUCUGCUUCUCUUAUGCUGUGCUUUUAGUUUUCAAACUGACUGGUUGGGGCUUGAUACCUUGGAGAGAAAGUGGGACACAAGUGGUCUGACCCAUAGCAUCUCUUGGGCAAGGAGUCCCCAGUGUGUAGGCAGGCCAUUUUCCCCACUUGUACAGACAUUUUAUAUAUAUACACAUGUAUGUAUAUGUGUAGAUACAUGGUUUUUUAACUCUUUUGCACUGAACAACAUGAGAGUGAAACCUUGAUUCAAAACCAGAAGAUGCAUUUUUCACGUGGAUCCAGAUGUCUAGAUCUUACUGCAACCUGUCCGGUAAAACCGUGGCUCACAAUAUUGAUGAUACCCAUAUCUGUUCUCUGUAGUUGGCUCUGUCAGGUCUGUGGGCAGCGUGCAAACCCUGGGGCAGGCCAGUGACGUGAGUCUAACGUGGAGGACGGAUGGCAGCGAGCUUUGGUUUGCAGCCGCCUGCCCGCGCGCUCCUUGCUGUCCGCAGAGAGAAAGCAGAACUUCUCCCCAUCCGCCCCGCGGGACGGGCUCGUACAGAUGUGACCGCGUUGGCUUUGUCAUCUUCGUCUGGUACAGUAACGCAGUUCAAAUUCCUCUCCAUCCACUCGAAGCAUGUAGUUCGUAUAACCUGCUCAGCCAUCACUGGGAAUAAGGCUACGUAUAAUGCAAUGACCCCACGCGCGCGCCCCAGACCCACAGCCCAGACCAUGGAAGAACUUUUCUUUCCUAAGGAGGGGGGAGGUAGGCGAGGGUUCUGUCCCUGCUUUUCUGCAAAGGGAGGAGUUUGUUUUUGUUACUCUUACCUAUAUCUUGAGAAGACUCGGUGAUCGAAUUAAAGCUCUCGAGUUGGUUGCGUGGGCUUGAUAGAUCCAUUGCGAGAGAAGGAAGGGCUGUUUGCCAGUCGUGGAGGGGUGAGCUGGCCGAGGGAGCGGCUUUCAGAUUCGAGUCUGUAAGCGAAUCACUAUGCUGAGGUUGCCAGAUGCCUGGAGACAACUUCCACUUAACUUUGGCUAGGUAGAUUGCAUGUAACAGGAAAAUCCCGGUUGCCACAUCUGGCUCUCCACACCUGCUGAACUCUAAUCCAGCUGUUAGCACAAUACGAGUUGGGACACACAAGCUAUAAUCCAAAGGCUUGGUUCAUCUUGGGAGGGUGGUUCAUUUGCCAGGCUGUGAACUCGCUCCGUGGGGUGAGCUGUUCAGGUGGCUCCGCUGAACAAGCAGCGACCCGGCGUGGGCCGACCUCGUUCCUCCUGCGGAGCGUCGGCCCGGCUCCUAGUCGGCAUUAGCGCUGUCAGUACGUGCUGCGCGUAGUGCUCGCUGGAGGUGUCCGAGCCCAAACCCACAGGUCUAAACGGCUGCAGCGCUUUGAGGACAGUUCAGAGCUGGGCCUGAAUGUAGAGGUUUGGACCCACCUCUAGUGGCAAAUAGUCUUUUAUAUGCCAAAUGCAGUUAGUUCCCUUUUCAAGUUGGGAGGAGAAAUGUUAGGCCGAGAAGCGCACGUGUCUGCUCCUUCCCACUCCCCUGUCCACACUUACAAGUUCUGGCUGACUUUAAUUUUGUUUUUUAAAGAUUCUAAUUUUUUUGGUUACAAAUAAAAAAGAAAGUGGCAAUAUUUUUUUCUGUAAGCUUUUCCUAGGAAAAAGCGUGGUUUGUAACAAAGUUGUACAGUUCUGAAGUUUGAGAUACAAAAAGUACUGUGUGAAACGCUGUAAAUGGGGCAGAGAUUAUUUUAUGUACAGUCUGAUGUGGGGGGAAUCUUUUAAUUCUGGUUGGUUCUUAGGAAGAAUUUGGUUCUUCUCUGUCAGGGUUUGGAAUUUCAUGGUUUCUUUUUUUUUUUUUUCUUGUAUAGAUUGCUGCAUUAAUUGAAUAAAAGCAGAAAGCAUCA